UAUUCGUGUGGGGUGUCACGCCCGAUUCUGUUCACGGGGUUACCGCCGCCUCGCGCCGAGCGGCCUCGACCUGUGGGAUUCGAGAACUCGAUGGAAAUUGGAGGACUGGCGGAGGCGGAGGCGUCACAGGCCGUUGGCGCCGUCAGCGGGAUGGCGACCCGAAUGUCAGGUUUCUGAUCCGCUGGGAGGCAGAGCGAGCGUACCUUGAUGGGGAGGGAAGCGCCGCGGGAGGCUUGGAAGAUGCGACGCCAGGACGUGGUAUAAAUCGGUCACUGACCUCCCCAACUACCGCAGCUGGACCUUUUUGAUUCUCCCAUCCUCGGCAGCAUACACCCCGUCAGGUCACCUCGCAACCAUGAAGUCCUUCACCCUCGCCACCAUGGCCGCUCUGGCCGGCAACGCCGCUGCCCACGCCACCUUCCAGCAACUCUGGGUUGACGGCGUCGACUUCGGCAGCCAGUGCGCCCGUGUCCCCUCUUCCAACUCCCCCGUCACCGACGUGAGCGGCACCGGUGUCCGUUGCAAUGUCGGCACCACCCGCCCUACCGCCAAGUGCCCCGUCCCGGCCGGUUCCACCGUCACCGUCGAGAUGCACCAGCAAAACGGUGACCGCUCCUGCAGCAACGAGGCCAUCGGCGGGGCCCACUACGGUCCCGUGAUGGUCUACAUGUCCAAGGUCGCCGACGCCGUCUCGGCCGACGGCUCGUCGGGCUGGUUCAAGAUCUUCGAGGACGGCUGGGCCAAGAACCCCAGCGGCGGCUCCGGCGACGACGACUUCUGGGGCAACAAGGACCUCAACGAAUGCUGCGGGCGCAUGGACGUCAAGAUCCCCUCGGACAUCGCGGCCGGCGACUACCUCCUCCGCGCCGAGACCAUCGCCCUGCACACGGCGGGCGGCGCCGGCGGUGCGCAGCUGUACAUGUCGUGCUACCAGAUCACCGUCUCGGGCGGCGGCAGCGCCAGCCCGGCGACGGUCUCCUUCCCCGGCGCGUACAAGUCGACCGACCCGGGCAUCCUGGUCAACAUCCACGCGGCCCUGUCCGGCUACACCGUGCCCGGCCCGGCCGUCUACUCGGGCGGCUCCACCAAGGCCGCCGGCAGCCCCUGCACCGGCUGCGAGGCCACCUGCAAGGUCGGCUCCGGCCCCAGCCCCACCCUCACCCAGGGCCAGCCCACCUCCUCGGCCACCCCGGCUCCUGGUGGCGGCGGCGGUGACAACGGCGGCUGCCAGUCCCAGAAGUACCAGCAGUGCGGCGGUACCGGCUACACCGGCUGCACCAACUGCGCUUCUGGCUCGACCUGCAGCGCCGUCUCGGCUCCUCACUACUACCAGUGCCUGUAAAGGGUACGAUAGGGUUUAUAGAAGGAUACCGCAUCUAGUGGUGGGUUGGUUAAACAAGCCUCUUGUCACACAAGCAUUCAUGUAUAUAGUUGAUCAUUGCCGACUGUGAAUACAACAUCCAUCAAUUGGACUCAGC